UCUGGAUCAAUUCUGGAAACAAGGCACACAUUAUUAUAAAACAAACCCAAACGCCUCUAGUAAAACCCAUUGAAAAUAAAAUCACAAGAGAGAGAGAAAAUCAAGCAGAGAGUGAGAAUGGGUGAUGCUCUGUUUGGGCACCCUUUCAGGAGCUUCUUCUGGAGGCCUCCGAUCUUUCGUGAAUGGUCCGGGUCUACUGCACUUAUGGACUGGCUUGAGUCCCCUAAUGCCCACAUCUUCAAAAUCAAUGUGCCAGGGUUUAGCAAGGAAGAUAUAAAGGUGCAAAUAGAGGAUGGGAACAUAUUGCAUAUUAAAGGUGAAGGAAAGAAGAAGGAUGAGGAGCCCAAUGGCAAAGACACUACUGUUUGGCAUGUAGCAGAGAGAGGGACUGGUAAUGGAGAAUUUUCAAGGCAAAUUGAAUUGCCGGAGAAUGUGAAGUUGGAUCAAAUCAAGGCCCAGGUUGAAAAUGGUGUCCUCACCAUUGUUGUCCCCAAGGAUUCAAGCUCAAAACAGUCCAAAUCCAGAAAUAUUAACGUCACUAGCAAGCUCUGAUCUCUUCCUUGGCUGAUUUGUUUAACUUCAGAUGGUUUGGGAAUAAGACUUGUGUGUCAGUUUUGUUGUAAUAAUAUGGACUGUAUGAUGUAUAAACCAUAAAACAAGUUCCAGUGAGAUGUUUGAAUGAAAACUCUAGAUUUCUGUACAAAAUGAAAAGGUAAUGAAGACUUGACAAGAAAUGUAUGGUGGACUAGACGAUUGAUGAAUGGGCUUUUAUGCUUAUAAAA